AUUUGAGGAUGUUUGGAGGAGGGUUCUCAUCCUCAAAACUAAAAACAAAUUUGAGGUUGUGCAUUAACAGGCUCAAACUUCUGCAGAAGAAAAAAACUGAGUUGAAUGUAAAAGCACGGAAGGAAAUUGCUGGAUAUUUAGCUCAAAACAAAGAUGAUAGGGCUAGGAUUAAGGUAGAACACAUUAUUCGAGAUGAUUACCUUGUUGAAGCUAUGGAGUGUUUGGAACUGUACUGUGAUCUUAUUCUGGCUAGAAUCGGUCUUAUCGAAACACAAAAGUUUUGUGACGAUGGACUCGCCACACCAGUUUGUACUCUUAUAUGGGUUGCUCCUCGUAUGCAAAACGAUAUAGCUGAGUUUAAAGCUAUUGCCGACCUGCUCUCCCACAAAUUCGGGAAGGAUUUUGCUCAGCAAGCACGAAAUAAUACAAAUGGAGCUGUAGAUCCAAGGAUAAAGAACAAGAUAACGUUGCAGCAGCCGUCCCCACAACUUGUUGAACAGUAUCUUAUUGAGAUAGCAAAUGCUCAUAACAUUCCAUUUGAACCGAAGCAGGACUAUCUGAUGGGAGAGGACUACCUAGGCUCACAUCCAGAUAACGGUGGUGGUGGUGGUGGUGGUGGUGGUGGUGGUGGUGGUGGUGGUGGUGGUGGUGGAGGUGGUGGCAAUGUGCCAGCUGGAUCCAUACCCCCUGCUCCUGGAUUUGCAGGGUUUGGAGAUCUACUAUCAGGACCCCCUCAGAUGGAUCCUCCCCCGCUGCCGGGACACAACAUGGCGUAUUCUGAAGAUAACACCUCACAGGGAAUCAACAGUUUACCGGGAAGCACCACCGUCCCCGCUGGCAGACCUGCAGGGCUCCCACAGCCGCCAGGCGCCUUCUCCGCGCCGCCUGCACAGCAAAAGCCGCCUCCCCCUGUAGCUAACAACCUACCUCAGCCACCAAGUCACGGAGGCCCAGCACCGAAUGCCCCUCCCUCUUACAACGAUAGUUUCGAGCUGCCUAACUUGCCUUCUGUUCCCUCCGGAAGUUUCCCGCCGACUGAUAACAGUGACGACGUUGACUUUGAUGAUCUGAACCGAAGAUUUGAGGAACUCAAAAAGAGGAAAUAAACAGUGGGCAUAGAGCGCAGGAAAACUAUUAAUAGCUUUUUGUAGAUACUCUCCUUGUAGAAAGAAUGUUUUUUAUGUUGAUUGAUAAGUGUGGCUUUGUUAGUGAAACAUUGCACAGACAGCAUAAUUGAUAUUUUUAGCGAACACAACUCUCUUGAUAAUUGGUACAGACGAACCAGUACAUUCUUACAUUCUAGAUUCUUUUUAACGGAGAGGAAAGGUUGCCAGAGACAACAGGAUGAAGGAAUAUGUGUAAUUUAGUUAGCAUUUAAUGGAAUUUAUUACGAUUUAUUGAUGGUAUUGUAAAUUCUUGAUUCACAAAAAAUUUCAAACAAAUUUCGAAA